CUGCUGAACAUAACCCUAAAAUCUAAGCGCAAUAUGCUCAAUUGCUCAUAUGCUGGAUUGGACGUAAUUUAAAGCAGCUUUGUUGUUUAAUUACUUAGGAUCAAGGUUUAAAGAUGAAUCAGUCUUGUCAAAUUGUGCCCUGGUUUGAUAGCAAGGAGUGGUUUGAGGUGUAUGAAAAGAUUUAUUCUUCGCCCUCGUUAAAAAGUAAACAAGAAGCACUUGAAAUACUAUUAGUGUGGAAAGCUAGAUGUCCCUCUCUCCCGGCUGGUAUUGAGUCUACCCUUGGUCUACUAGAAGUUCAUAUUCAGGAUUCUACACAAGGAAAUGAAAAAUUGCUUCGAUUGGCAUACGCUACUGCAAUGAUGCGGUUUGUGAAUCACAUGCUUGAUGCAGAAAUAGCAAAAGGCACGAGUUUACAUCAUGCGGCCAGAGCUUCUGAUGUUCCAGAUUGGAUCAUAGAUUUGAGACAUGACACUGCUCAUAAUAAUGUUCUACCGUCAAUUGAAAUACUCAGAGAGGCAUCUUUAAUAGGCCUGGAAUGGUUAAACAAUAAUUACUGGUUAAAGCAUAAAGAAUAUAUAAAAAACUUUGUAUCGGGCCAUAAGGAAGUAAAUAGUACAGAUGAAAAUAAAAUAUCAGUACUAAUUAGUUUCUGCACCACAUUGAGCAUAUGUACUAGCCCCAGUUGUAAAAUAAAGAAUGUAAGCGAGAUCGCCGACAUCAAUAUGAGGGAAGCAAUUAUAAAUGAUGCAAGAGAUUUAUUUGCUAAUAGUGUGGACUUUUCCAACCUGAAGACUGUAUCUAUUUCAUCCUUAGUCAACACUCUAAAUAUCAAUGCUAAGAGGCUGCUCAAGUCUAAAAAUACAGCUGUUUUAGUAAACAAAGCUUUGACUAGUGAGGAUUCACUCUUCCUUUCUUCAGACCUGUUACAUUAUAUGAGUGAAACUGAUUUUUAUAUUAAAGGCAAUCUCAGUCACAAGUAUGUCCAGUGUUUUGAAGUAUUGCUUACAUUCUUACAUACAAACGAUUUGCUGAUGGAUUUUGUCCAAGAUUUAAUUAAAUUUACUAAUGAGGAAAAUGAUAGUGAAAAACGCAAGCUUGCUGCUCUGUGGGUUUCAGAGAUAUUGCAAGCACUGAAAAAAUCUGUACUAUUCUGCCAAAAAAUAAAAGGAUCUGAUCCUGAUCAAACCAGAAAUAAGAAGAGGAAGGAGUUGAAACUAUUAUAUAAACAUUGGUUCCCAAAUGAGAAACAAACUGGACUGUUGCUGGACCUUCACAAAUCUGUUCCUAGCGAAUGGAUGGAUAUAAAAUUCAUUCAACCUAUCAUAUCGUCAUACAACCCAUACCUGAUUUACUUUAUCAAACCCUUACUGGACUUGGUUGAGCCAAGUGUGCCCAAGACAAACAUUGAAAAAAUAUGUAAUUUGGCUAAAAUAAUCUCAACACCAGAGUCUACUAGUUCAGCAAACUCAACUAAAAUUUAUACUAUUGAAGACUUGCAAUCAACUCAAAGAAGCAGAGUGGUAGUUGAGGAAGCCAGACUCCGACUGCAUGGAAAUAUGUGAGGAAGAGAUAUUGGACAAUACCACAGUUCGUGAAGAAGAAUUUCAAACUGGUAUUUGGCAAAGAGCUUCCACGAGUUAUAGUUGGUCCCUUUGUCCAGUUGGUAUUUUGCCUUGGCAAAUACAUAUUAAAUAAAUAAUAAGGGCUUUGUGAUUAUUAAUUGAAAAUAAAACAUUUGAUUCCACAGCAA